CCACUGCUCCACAGUUGGAUUUCACCGCUUGGCCGGUCAAAAUGUUGCCUAAAGUAUCCCUGCUCUGGCUGAGCUCCUUCGUGCUCUUGUGUGCCGUCGCGAGUGCCCACCAGGAGCUGGAAAAUCUGCUGGCGCAGCAGCAGAAGGACUUGCAGCUGUCCAGCACUGAGCUCGCGGCUCUGCGUCCCCUCUACGGCGAGCUCCAAGCCCAAAUCGACUAUCUGUACAGUCUGAAGCUACAGCAAGGUGAUGGCAGUGCUCAAAACGAGGCGCUGGCCGAGCCCCAGGUGGAUGGCAGCUACCUCCAGGCAUUCGACGCGCUGCGCAGUCAGUUCUCGAUCUAUGUGGAUGAGAAGCCGAGGGUUGUCUACGACACAUCGCUGCCCACGGUGGAGGAGCUGAUUGGAGAGCCCAGUCCGGACAUGACCAAGGAGCAGCAAGCGGAGUUUGAGGAUCUGCGGGACAUCUUACAGGAUGUGAUCGACGAGGCACAGGAGGGGAUCGAUGAUCUGGUGGAGAGCGCCAUUGAGCUGGAGACCAUUUUGCUGAGCAUUAACAAGCCAAAGAUUGUCACGGCUGCCCUUGGCGGCCUGGGAUUCAUGUCCAAGUACUGGGGCAUGGCCGAGAUGGCCGCAUACUGCAGCUACUCGCAUGUGCCGCAGUUCCAGGUGGCCCUGCAGGCCGUCAGCGAUGGCGUCGACUGCUACAGCUACACCACGGGUCUGGUGCUGCGCAUCCAGCACGAGACGGUGGCCUCCGUACAGGAGAUCCGCAAGAACGUCCGUAGCCUGGUGAAGAUCUACAAGAAGAUUGCCGCCAAGCAGACCACCACGGGCAAGAUCCUCUCGGGCACCAUCAACGCCCUGAGUGCGAUUCGUCGUGUCCACGAUAUCAUAGCCGUUGGCAUCGAGGGCUAUGGCAAGCUGAACAACGAGCUGCCAGGCGCAGCCCUCAAGUCGGCCCAGUGCGGCGUGGAGUUUGUCAAUAGCAUUCCACAGAUGGUCGAGACGGCACAGAACCUGACCGCCUGCAUCGUUUACGUGGACAAGGACAAGCCGAGCUACGAGUUUACCCUGCCGGAGGAGGAUCGCUAUUGGAACACAGGCGCCGAGCCCCCAGAAAUACCCUACGAGAAUGAUGUGGAUGAGGAUGAUGCCGAUGAUGAAGACCGGGACAAUGUGGAUGACUAUGUGGAUCACAGGUAGUGGCGGUGCAAAGCGAAUGUGGCUCGUGCGAUAAGCCAAUUAUGGCUAAUCGGCAUUAAACUUGAGAUUGAUAAUGCGCGACAACGAUCGAUAUGAUUAAAGUAUAUAGUGCGAACAAA